AAUCAACCAGUUUUCAUUCCAUUAACGAAUCAACUAGUUUGUAAAAAUUAUGUAGAGUCUAAACAUGACACUUGUUAAUUGUUAUUAAGGAUAUAUUUUUAUACAAAAAAUUUUAUAUAAAAAAUAUAAAACAAUAAAUAAUUAAAAUUUUUGUAUAGGCAAUCUCUAAUGGAUGGAUUAGAAUGUACCCUUCUCAGCAUCCAAGCACCUCAAGAAAGCACAUGUUAAUGGGCCCUACCUUUCAAAAAAAUAAAAAUGUUAGUGGGUCCUCCUAACCUUCGAUAGCAGCUGGAAAGCACCAAACUUUAAUGGAUGGAUUGGGAGAUGAAUUGGGUUAGGUUCUGAUCCUUUGCUUGUGGCUUUUGGUCUAGGUGUGGAAAUUAAGAAAUUGAAGGAUUCAUUUCUUCAAUCCCCACUGAAACUUAACAAGAACUCAUCACUGUGUAAGCCUGUCCUCUCACUGCAUUCGAAAUGGAUACAGAGAAUUGGUUAUGGCUAUCUUGUCUCAUCACACUUGCUGCAAUUCUCAUACCCUUUCUUGUUUUCAUCAAGAAGAAGAUCAACAACACAUCAGCACCUCCCUUGAACACUACUUCAUUAGCACCUUUGAACUCUUCUUCAUUGCCAACCCCUUCACCUGUAGGGUGGGACUAUGAAGUGUUCUUAAGCUUCAGAGGCGAAGACACUCGUAAAAACUUCACUGACUACCUCUACAACGACCUUGUGGAUGCAGGAAUUCGCACGUUUAGAGACAACGAUGAGCUUCGCAUUGGAGAGAAGAUAGGUCCUGAGCUUCUCAAGGCAAUACAGCACUCCAAGAUAUCUAUUCCAGUCUUUUCCAAAGACUAUGCUUCAAGUAAAUGGUGCCUGCUUGAGCUCACCAAGUUGGUUGAGUGUAAGAGGACUUUGGGGCAAAUCAUAUUACCCAUUUUCUACGAUGUUGAACCGUCCGAUGUGCGAAAGCAGACGGGGAGUUAUGGAAAGGCAUUCCAGGAACACAAGAAGCAUUUUGAUAGUGCUACUGUAGAGGGGUGGAGGGAGGCAUUGAGGGAGGUUGGAGAAUUGAAGGGAUGGGAAGUGAGCAAAGUUGCUGAUGGGCAUCAAGGGAGACUGAUAAAGAUGGUUGUUUCAAAGGUAUGGGGAGAACUGAAAAGGAACUCACUGGUUGUAAAUGAAUGCUUAGUUGGAAUUGAUAAUCAUGUUGAAGAAAUGAUGAGAUUGUUGAGCGUUAAUUCCAGUGAUGUAAGGUUUGUGGGAAUCCAUGGCAUGGGAGGAAUAGGCAAGACCACCAUUGCCAAGGUCAUCUACAACCAACUCUCCCAACAUUUUGAAUUCUGUUGCUUCCUUGCGGAUGUUAGAGAAACAGCACAGCAACACAAUGGUCUUGUUAAUUUGCAGAGUCAACUUAUAUCUACCAUCUUAAAACGGAGAUGCGCUGACAUUAGAAAUAUGGACGAAGGAAUUAAUGUAAUCAAAGAUCGAUUUUCCGGGAAGAAAGUUCUUGUUGUCGUUGAUGAUGUCGAUCAAAAAAUUCAACUUCAUGCACUUGUGGGAAAGUGUGAUUGGUUUGGUUCAGGAAGUAGGAUAAUUGUCACAACUAGAAACAAAGAGAUUCUAAAUAUCCCUGAGGUAGAUUGGACUUAUGAACCGAAGGAAUUGGAUUCUAAUCAAUCUCUUCAACUUUUCAGCAUGCAUGCUUUUAGAAGGGACCACCCCCCAGAAGACUAUGAUACUCUCUCUAGAGAUGUUGCGUCCACAACUGGAGGGUUGCCUUUGGCUCUUGAGAUUAUUGGUUCUUUUUUAUCUGGCAAGAGUGAAGCGGUGUGGAAUGAGACAUUGAAGAAGUUGAAGAGAAUACCGGAUGGACAAGUCCAGAAGAAGUUGAAAAUAAGUUACGAUGCAUUAGAAUAUGAACAACAACAGAUAUUUCUCGAUAUUGCAUGCCUUUUCAUUGGAGUGGAUAAAAGAAUUGCUUUCCACAUGUGGGAUGCCUGCGAAUUUUAUCCGGAAAAUGGAAUUGAAGUUCUUCUUCUCAUGUCCCUGGUGAAAAUUGGAGACAACAAUGAGCUAAGGAUGCAUGAUCAGCUUAGAGACAUUGGCAGGGAUAUUGUCCGUCAAGAAAAUUUCAAGGAGCCGGGGGAGCGUAGUAGGGUGUGGUUGCAUAAUGAAGCCUUCAAUAUACUGGAGACUCAUACAGGAACAAGAAAGGUUGAAGCUCUGUGUGUUGACUUUGGAUUAGAGACACAAGCAUCCCCUCUUACAAAUGAAGAAUUUGCAGGCCUAUCUAAUCUAAGGUUCCUUCAAAUGGACUAUGCAAACCUGGAUGGAGAUUUUAAGCGCCUUCUUUUAAAGUUAAGAUGGCUUCGUUGGAAUGCAUGCCCUCCCAUUUUUAGACCAACCAAUUUUCAUCUAAAGGAUCUGGUCAUUAUUGAUUUAUCAUGGAGCAAGGUCACAGAAGCCUGGGAGGGUUGGAAUCAUAUCAAGAUUGCAAGAAAGUUGAAAGUCCUAAAUCUCACAGGUUGCGGUUACAUGGUUAGAACUCCUGACUUCUCUGCAUGUAUAACUUUAGAAAGAUUGAUUCUUGAAGAUUGUGAGAAUUUGGUUCAUAUCGACCCAUCAAUUGGGUGUCUCAAGAGUCUAGUUUUCUUAAAUGUGAAGAAUUGUGCUAAACUUAAGAGGCUGCCUCUGGAAUUUGAUUCUGUGGAAGGUUUAACAGAGCUGCUCAUUGAUGGUACUUCUAUACAAGAAGUCCCUAUUGGUAGAGGUGUUAUGAAGAAGCUUGAAAUUCUUAGUGCCACUUGUUGUGGGUCGUUGACUCAAAUUUCUACCUCCAUCAGCCAUCUAAAAUCUCUUUCUGACCUCACAUUUGAUUUUACAAGUAUUACUGAACUACCAGACUCAAUUGGCUCGCUAGUGAAAUUGCGAUGCUUGUCACUAAGGUAUUGUUCACAAUUAAAAGAAAUUCCAGACUCCAUUGGGAAAUUGGAAUCAUUAAUUGAGCUGCGCUUAUUUGCAGCAAAAUUUACAGAUUUACCUGAUACUAUUGGCAACCUAAAAAGUUUGAAAGUUCUUGAGAUUGAUCAUUCUUCCAUAAUGAAGUUACCUAGUACCAUCGGAAUGUUACUAAAACUUGAAGAGUUACAUGCCUCACAUUGUUACAAUUUGGAAGGUGCAAUUCCCAGUACUGUUGAGAGACUAUCCUCUCUUAGAAUCUUAAGAAUAGAUUGCACAAAUAUUUGUAGCCUACCAACAAGCAUUUGUGGGCUUUCUCACCUCCAAACCCUUGAUUUACUCGGUUGCAGAGAGCUUCAGUUUCUUCCAGAGCUCCCCUCUAGUCUAGUAAGUCUACGAGUCACUUGCAUGUCAAUGGAGACAUUUCUAAACUUUCCUAGCCUGAUGAAUCUAAAGGAAUUGUGCUUUUCUAAGUGCUCUAAGCUGUUGAAAAUUCCUGAAGAUAUUGGAAAGUUAGCCAAACUGGAGACCUUGACCUUGUAUGGUAUUAGCAUUAGCAUCCUACCAAUGGAGCUUGGUGCCCUUUCUAGGCUUAAGGAGCUCACUAUUCAAAAUUGUGAACAACUUCAAUGCCUUCCAACUCUUCCCUCGAGCCUGUUCAAACUUUUUCUUCAAGUUUGUGAUUCAAUGAAGAGGCUGCCAGAUCUUUCAAAUUUGAAAAAUUUAUCAGAACUAAUGCUUGGCCAGUGCUCAGAGUUAACGGAGAUUCAAGGCCUCGGAAGAUUAGAACUCCUAAUAAGUUUGGACGUAUCUGAGUGCAUAAAGUUGCGUAUGCUUGAAGGGCUAGAACAGCUAGGAUCUUUAAGAUACUUGAGGACAUCAUGGUGCGAAUCACUUGAAACAUUACCAGAUCUUUCAAAUUUAAAGAAGUUAAGGAAAUUAGUUUCUUUGAAUUGCGAGAAGCUGAAUGAAAUUAGGGGCCUUGACAGAUUGGAGUCCUUGGAAUAUUUGAAUGUGAGUGGGUGCAUAUCCUUGAAAAGAUUGCCUGAUCUAUCGAAAUUGGAAAUGCUGAAAGAAUUAAACCUCGCCCAGUGCCAGAAGCUACAUGAGAUACAGGGUCUUAAGGCUUUGAAAUCCUUGAAGAUGUUGGACUUGUCAUCAUGCACAGCCUUGGAGAGGAUACUUGAUCUGUCGAGACUAGAAAAUUUAAAGGAAUUACGACUUUGUAACUGUGCGAAACUUACUGAGAUUUGGGGACUCGAUGAACUAAAAUUUUUGACAUUCUUGGACAUUUCUGGAUGCAAGUCACUAGGAAAAUUACCAGACAUUUCGAACAUCAGAAAAGUUAAGCGCUGAGAGCAAAAUUGCAGGCUGUCGGAUUUUAGUGUUUAACAUGCAACCUGAUCGCAUGGUGAGCCGUAGGAGUGUCAUGGCAACAACUAGCAAUGUAGGCCAAAGUCAUGAGGUAAAAACAAAAUAUUGCUUUUGGUAUUUGGUUGACUGAAUGUUUUUGGUGUAGCCCAAAGUCAUGAGGUACAGACACAAUAUUGUUACUUCAAACAAAUUUGUCUAUGUUGUUAAUGGGUUUUUUUAUUUUUUAUGUAUAUAUUUAUUUUUAGGUCAACAACAGUGGAUUGGUUUGGCAAAUGCAUCAACAUUUCCAUUCAAACAUGUCCUAAUACUCAAGGGUCAUCUGCAGGAUAUACCAAGUUUACUUCAAACCAUUUUAUUUUAUUUUAAUUGAAGUAGUUAAUUUGUCAGGUCACAAUGUUUGACAUAACAUCUUAGAUAUAUCUGGAGGAUUUUUUUGGCGUAUUUAUUUUAUAUUUUAUUUUAAUUAAAGUUGUUCAUUUGUCAGGGUCACAAUGUUUGAGCUUAGAUACAUUUGGAGGACCUUUUUUUCUGGUGCAUAGCAGUGGCCAUUUGUUUUGUGCAUAGCAGCUUCGGGGCGUCGUGUUUUGGUGCAUAGCAGUAUAGAACCUUUGAUGGUGGCAUGUAUUGUGGCAAGCGCUAUAUUUUUGGUGAAUGGAUAUGCAAACUGUGUAUUUGGUUGACUGAAUGUAUUUUGGAUCGGUUUUUUGGUGUGGAAAUAGUUUUUUUCGGAUAAUCAAACUGUGCUAAUGUUUACUGGUGGAAUGGACGAACAAAGUGUUUAUUGUGUUCACUUUA